AUGGCGGAGGCAGAAAAAGAAAAGCCGGAGGCUCCGGAGGUUGUGACAAUAAUGGCUCCUGUUGUAAAACGGCCUAAGAUUGCGUGGAGCGAUGACUUGAGCCACGACUCUGAAGAGGAUAGAGAAAAAGAACGUCUAGCCCAAUUGGAGCGUGAACUGGAACAAACGCGCGAACAAAAACCAAUAUACGAUCCAGAAGAAUUAGAGAAACUUGUAGACUACGUCGUAAGGAUGACCACAAUAUAUGACCUUCGCCCUGAAGACUGGACACCAGCCACAAGACAGCGCAUCGAAGACUGGUUCCUCGAACCGAAGAGCCUGAUACUCUCCAUAUAUUUCAAAGGAGACAAGCUCAAAGCUAGUUUCGAUAUACCUUUAUCCCCUGUCUACGAUUUGACGUACUUUAUUAGACCUCCUGAUUUUGUGUUUAAAGCUGAGACGUUUCACGAUGACAUCGUCUUCGGAACGUUCAGGGAUUCCAUUGAGGCGAACGUGAUUAAUAUGAUGGAGUAUGUGUAUGCUCCUUAUUUCUUUGCUAUUACUGCUUGGCCUGAUAGCGUCAAAAGCGAGUUCUGCACCCACAUUCACACGUUCCUCGCUAAGCUAACCGACAUGUACUAUAAAAUGUUAGGUCUAACUGUCCUAUACAUACCCCGAGAAGGUCAACACUUGUCUUUUGAACAAGCCAGUGCAGAUCGAGAGCUGGUGAAAAGGCUCGAAGGUGUAGUCGUCUACUGGACCCAUCAGAUCAAGUCUUGUUUGGAAGACACGGCCUUUGUAGCUUCGCAGAAAGAAUUGUUGUGUCCUAGCGAUGAAUAUGACUUCUGGAUUUAUAGACAUGAGAACCUAAACGCCUUACUUCACCAAUUAAAAAACCCAGCAGUGAAACACAUCACCAAGAUCCUCGUCACCACGCAUUCCACCUUCAUACACCAGUUUCAGUGUCUAUGCGAAGACAUCGUCCAGAAGGUCAAAGAGGCGACCUCGAACAUAGAAUACUUGCAGGUUAUAAAGCAGCCUUGCGCAGUUCUGGAGUGCGUGGUGGACCCUGACGAGAUAUCGAAGCACAUUCCUCAUAUCAUCAACCUAUUUCGCUUUAUAUGGAUGGAAUCUCCCACUUAUAACUCUGAAGUGAGAAUCACGAAUCUGUUCAAGGCUUUGAGCAACCAGAUCAUCAUUCUCUGCCGGAAUUACAUCAAGCUGGAUGACCUUUUUGACGGUAAUACGAUUAAAGCAUUAGGAGAAUUCAGUAAGUGCAUCGACUGCUGCAAGAAGUACAGGGAGAUUUACGACGUCAUGGCAGAGGCUCAUAAUGAAGAGAAUCCUAACAGCUGGGUGUUAGACACGGGGUCUAUCUUCAACUAUAUCGACUCCUUCAUACAGAGGUGCUUUGACAUGCUCGAUGUUUGCAACUGCAUGAUUAUUUUUGGAAGAAUCAACGAAUUCGAAAAUAUGAACAAGCCAUACUUCGGUGGCGCUCGGGGAGAUCAGUUUGAAGCUAAAUGCGAGAAGAUUGAGCGCAUGUUUUUUGCAGCGUUGCUAGACGUAAAGGCGGUGGGAAAUACUAUCUUAGACGUGCAGGCUCCUUCGUGGUAUGACGACAUACUAGCCUUCAGAACCGUCAUCAAGGAUAUUGAAAUCAUCAUAGAGAACCUGGUAGACACUGUGUUUGAAAGCGUCAACCACGUGGAGGAGGCGGUGGUCGCGCUGUAUUCUCUAAACAACUAUUCUAAGCGGAAGAACUUGAAGAGAGUUUUCAAGAGGAAGACUUCCGAGAUGUGGGCGAUGUUCAGUGAAGAAGUCCAGGAGUCCAAGAAGGACAUGGUGUCUACACGAAGCCAUUACCCAGCAGACAUGCCAUCAUACGCAGGCAGGGCCUCCGUGCUCAAGAUGAGGAAGAAUAGACUAGUGUACCUUAAAAAUAUAAUGACAGAUGCGUCUGCGUGGCUGCUGCCCUGCAGUAGCUCUGAAGAUGUGAUUAUGCACGUGAAUAGGCUAAUGGGAGCUAUUGAUGUCGCCAUUAGGGAGCUCUGGAUAGCCUGGACGCACAACUUGGAUGAAAAAUGUGGCGCAGGAUUGAACAAGACCUUGAUGAGGAAGAGUGCAGAGUUUCCUGGACUAUUGGAGUGUAACAUUGACGUGAACAUUCUGGAACUGUGCCAUGAAGCUGCGCAUUGGGAGAACUUGAUGAUGGACAUACCUUUACAUGCUUUUCAGGUUUACUCAAAGAGUUCAACUAUAAACUACGUGUACGAGAGCGUAUUGGCCGUGGUGAAGGGAUACAACAAGAUCCUGGACUCUUUGUCUGAAGAGGAGAGGUUGCUGUUCAAACCUCUCAUCACGGCUUGUGAGAAAAAAGUGCAACCGGGAAUUACGAAACUUACCUGGACUUCUACAAUGUCCGAUGCAUACAUUGCAGAUUGUGUUAUGCAAAUUGGAGAACUUCAAGAUUUCCUAACUACGUACAAGAAUUGUAAUGUAAAUUUAGUAAAAAUUAUGGAAAAGAUUUGUGAUACUCCUUUCGUUGAGUUUGAUAUUUAUAACGUUUUUGAUAUUAAAGCUCUUAGGGCCAAAAUACGGAAAAUGGAAAGUACAGCUAUGGAUUCUGUAUUAGACAUGUAUAAAUUGAUAGUGAUUUACCUCGUCAUAGUUUAUGAAGGCUUUGAAGCAUAUAUUACUCAGGUAAAUUCAAUAAACUGUAUUUAA